AUGGGGAAGAGGGGUGCCAGUGGUGAUGCCCAGAAGCUGAAAGCUUUGCAGCUAGCUCUUCGAAAGAAGAUGGAAGCUGAAGCAGCGACUGUUACCAGUCCUGCUGGUGUCGGGGCUGCUGCUUCUACGGAGGCAACCGAAGUCGAGAUGCCACCUCCAAAGGUACCUCGAAAAGACAAAAAGCAAAAGAAGGAAAAGAAGGAGAAGAAGGAACAGUCAGGUUCGAAAGAGCCAGCGAUUGAAAAGAAGGAUGAGCCAGAGCUCACUGAGAAGGAUCUCGAAGCUGCUGUGGAAGCGGCCAUGGACGCUGCCGUUGCAGCUGGUGAUGUUGCUGCUACUGAGGAGCCGAAGAAACUCAAGAGGCUUCGACAUGUUGAGUGUGAGCCGGAAGCUCGCCCAAAGGCUAAGGCGAAGGCCAUGGCCAAGGAGAAGAAACCGGAUCCUCAAGAGCCACCCUUUGACACUACCUGGGAGAACCACAGCCUUUUGAUGAAACACUUUCAGAUCAGUGAGGACGAGGCCACUUCUUGCCUUCUUCAGGUGAUCGGCCCGGAUGACAGGUACAAGAAAUUCUGGGGGAAGUUCAGCGUCGAUUCCAAGGAUUCCAAGGACAAGGGCAAAGAGACUUCAGAGCCUACGGCCAAGACCAAGGACGCUGUUGCCGCUCAAUCUGAUGAUGAUGAUGGGACGGAGUUCUAUGGAGGGGGUCCAAUGACCGACAAUGGUGAUGAUGAUGAUGAUGUCGACGGGGACACAGCUUCGACUUCUUCGGGUGGCACACCACCUCGCCCACCACCACCUCCAGCUGCAGCUCCAGUUGAGACUGUCAGCUCCGAGCCAGUGAUUGACCAGAUGGAGACUCAGCCCAUGGAAGUUCCUGAGCCUGUCAUCCAACACAUUCCUUCGAAGCCGGAUGAUGCUGAAGUCGCACGACGUGACUUUGCCGAGAAGGUGAAAUCUGCACCCACGCCGGCCAAAGCUUUGGAGAAACAGGCACUGGUGUCUUGCACAACACUGUCGCUGGGCCAGCACGAUCUCUCCCGUCAAGCUUCCGUCAUGAAUCACGAUGCUGAGAAAGCUGAGACACUUUCCACGUUGGGCCCUUCAGCUUCGCAGACAGCGGGCGAUGAUGACAAAGUCGCCGAGAUUGUGAAAGCAUUGAGCUUGCUUUCUGUGACGAUGAAGCAACCGUGGUGCAGGGAUUUGAUGACUGAGCUUGGCUUCUGCCUCCCUGGACAAGUGCCCGAAGAUCAAGAGUUGAAUGAUGCCAAGGAUGGCAGACCUUCUGGAUCGAGACCUUCUGGAUCCACACCUGUCUCUCCUGCACAUGUACCUGCACCCAAGCCUGCGCCUAAGGCCACGCCCACUCCGCCCACACCGCCUGAAGAGACACCUUCGGCCACACCUCCUGCAGCCACAUCCCCUGAAGUUCCGGAGCCAACGACUGGAGCUGAGAAGCCUGAAGAUCCUGGAGCUAGGGCUGUUGUCAUCAACAGCUCUACUCACAGAGCAGCCCAUGCUCGCUUGCAGAGAAGGAUGCACUCUCUUGGUGAAGCUGAAUGCCCAAACAUGGCGAAGCUUUGGGCUGGACAAGCAAGAGCUUCUGGCGAAGUGGGUUCAAAUGGAGAAAACCUGGCUGCGGUGGAGUGUGCUUUGCAGCUGCAGCGUAAGCAGGAGGGAGAGUUGGAACAUGGCCGAGAGUUGCUCACUGUGAGUGAGAUGAAAGCCAAAGGAUUCAGUACGGCGAAGAUCGAAGCGAUCGUCAAGAAACCUGGUCAUCCUGACCCAGACGCCCCUCAUGAUGUUGCCAGCACUCGCUGGUGGUGCAAUGUUGGAGGGAAAUACACAGGGCGCGAAGUUGCAUCUGUGACCAUGAGGGCAUCCACCACUGUGGCGGCCACUGCGGAUGCUCUCACUUCUAUGUUGGGUGGAUCAGAAGGCUGUGCAUCUGGAAGUGAGAUGCUGUCCUUGACCAAUGGGAAUAGUGGCUCGGAAGCCACCUCGGGUGCAACACCUGUGCCAUCGAUGGAGGCAUUGGUGGGAUUGAUUUCCGCCAAGGCCAAAGCGAAGUCGAAGGCCAAAGCUAAGGCCAAGGCGAAAGCCAAUCCCAGCCAUGCAGCUGCAACGACGCCAGCAGAAGCCCGAGACAUCAAGAAGGAGCACGCUUCGUGCACCAACGUUGCCAUGGACCUUCCACCAGGACAUGCGCUGAGGACUGAUCUUGCGAACGCAAAGGCCAAGCUGGAAGAGAUGCUGGAAGAGCUGCGUACCAUGCCCGAUGAGGAGAUCGCAGACUAUGCCGAGACUUGUGCCCAGAAGGUGCUGGAUUCCCGCAUGUUGCGGGUGCAGGCCUCUGCAGUGGCCAAAGAAUUUCGAAAGGCUGAAGCGGCAGAGUAG